AUUUUAUGAACACAUUUUAUCGAUAUUAAAAUAAAAAACUUACAUAUUAAUAAAAUAAAGUAUAUGCAAAAACACAAUUUGUAUAUGAACUGGUGAAUCUUAAUUAUUUAUUUAUAAAUUACUGGACUCGUGUGAAUUAUAUUGCCGAACAAUGAUUGUUUCCAAGAUUCAACGAGAGAUCUUAAAGGAAGUGAGUCUAUUGUCCACACUGAGGCGAGGGCUGUCUAACAAUGUGGAGGAUAUUUUCAAUUUUCAUGGAGACCGGGAGACCUUAGGGUUCAAGGAUCGGUACCGGGUACUGGAUGAAAAGGAUUACGAAAGAUUCAUCAGCUCACGCUCGAGCAAAAGAGAGCCAGCGAUGACGAGAUCAUUGACUUCCCUAUCGUACAAAAUCGGGAAGCAGAUGAUAUCUCUGGCGGAAGGAAUGCCCAACGAGGACAUAUUCCCCUUCAGCCAUCUUGAGAUCAAAACGAAAAGCGGCGGGAAAAUUAUAUUGAAAGACAAGGAACUUGCCAAGGCACUUCAAUAUGUCCCUUCGCAAGGGCUCCCCGAGUUACUGGCAAUUCUGCGGAAGUUCCAAGAGGACCUGCACCGGCCUCCUCCACUGGAUCGGGACGUGCUGGUGACGAACGGCUCGCAACAUGGCAUCUACCAAUGUGUGGAUAUGCUGGUCAACCCAGGUGACCCCGUGCUCACCACGGAGUACACUUUCACGGGCUUCCACAGUGCUCUACGUCCCUACGAUCCGGAAGUGCUGACGAUAGCUGAAGACGAAGACGGCCUAGUUCCUGAAACAUUAGAGGCACUCCUCUCGGACAGAGUUUCCAAGGGUCUGAAGAUGCCCCGGAUUCUGUACCUUAUCCCAACGGGUAACAAUCCGACCGGCACGGUGAUACCGCUGCAGCGGAGGAAGCAGAUCUACGAGCUCGCUUGCAGAUACGACUUUAUAAUCAUAGAAGAUGACCCGUAUGCGUUCCUUAAUUAUUCUGAUGAGGUGACACCCUCGUUCCUGUCGCUGGACGAGUGUGGGCGCGUGGUGCGGUUGGACUCCGUGUCAAAAGUGGUGAGUGCUGGACUGCGCGGAGCCUGGCUCACGGCACCUACUGCCCUGUUGCGACGAGCUGAGCUGCACUCGCAGGCUGAACUACUACACUCCUGCACGCUGUCACAGAGCCUGCUGCUCCGACUGUUGUCGCAGCGCGGCGAGCUCGCGGCUCACCUGCACUCGGCGCGCUCUCUGUAUGCGGCGCGGUGUGGCGCACUAGGAGCGGCGUUGGGCCGCGUGGCGAGAGAUGCGCAGGCGCACUACAUGCAACCGCGCGCCGGCUUGUUCUACUGGCUGCGACUGAGCGGAGUGCCCGACGUCUACAAUAUGGUGUUCAAUACGGCUUUGGAAAAGGGGCUCAUGUUGUGUCCAGGGCAAGCCUUCCAGUACGACACUAGCGCCCCCUCGCAGCAUUUGCGACUCACUUUCAGCAGGAUCAGACCAGAAGACAUGGAACAUGCCGUCGACCUCCUAGUGGACGUUAUCCAAACUGAACAGAAACUGAACCAACGUGAGAGAGUAGCUACUGAAGGAUAGAUGGCGCUUUUACACACACUUCUUUGAAAUGUGUUGAAUUUCAUUUUAUGGUGUUAAAAUAAUUUAUUAAACAUUGAACACGCCAUGAAACUCAUUGAAAUAAUUAAACAUCCUUAUUCGACUAUGACUCCAACAUUUUUGAAUUUUCAUAUAAGGAUUAAGGAAAUUACUCAUAAGUACCGCUAUCGGAUCAUAGAUGGCAGUAAUAAUCAGUCAUUCGUAGAUGGAUGUUUAUUAUAUUAUAUUUGUUAAAAUAUCAGAUGCGAUAACUAAACACUACUUAGUUACAUACUUGAGCCCUAAACAAAAUAAAACUUAAUAUUAUAAGCUG